ACCACCCCCACGUAUUUUCCGUUCGCCCCCUGCUUCUGGCAAAGCUCUGGCCCCAAACCCCGCAUUCACCUUGCCAAACUUUCCCCUCUUCCUCCGCCCGCACUUCCACCGCCGCUCCUCGCAGAUGCCCCAGUAGGCUCCAAAAAUCCAAAACCACCCCUCCCCCACGCUCCCAUCCACCCCCGGGGCGGCGCCCGGCUCCAUGACGACCCGAUCUAGCGGCGACCACCACGGCAACGCGGCGUCCUGGUACCCGCAGCGCCGCCCGCACUACGGGUACGGCGGCGGCUCCGCCUCCUUCCGCGGCUGCUGCUGCUGCCUCUUCCUGCUGCUCACCUUCCUGGCGCUCCUCGCCCUCGCGGUCGCGCUCGUCGUCGUGCUCGUGGUGAAGCCCCGCAAGCCGCAGUUCGACCUCAACCAGGUGUCCGUGCAGUACCUCCUCGUGGCCUCGCCGACGUCCCCCGCGGCGGCCCCGGCCGGCGUGCCCGGCGCCGCCUACCUCUCCCUCAACAUCACGCUGCUCUUCACCGCCGUGAACCCCAACAAGGUGGGCAUCCGGUACGGCGCCACGGCCUUCGACGUCAUGUACCACGGGGUGCCGCUCGGGGUGGCGGCGGUGCCCGGGUUCGAGCAGCCCGCGCACAGCACGCGCCUGCUCCAGACCCGCGUCAUCGUCGACCACUUCAACGUGCUCCAGGCCGACGCCCAGGAUCUCAUCCGCGACGCCGCGAUCCGUGACAGCGUCGAGCUCCGCAUCACCGGGGACGUCGGCGCCAAGAUCCUCGUGCUCGGCUUCUCCUCCCCGAAGGUCCAGGUGUCGGUGGAUUGCGCGAUCGCCAUCAGUCCGAGGAGCCAGUCGCUGAAAUACAAGCAUUGCGGCGUCGACGGGCUAAGCGUGUAGUCCCCCGGCGACGCCGACGUCGACGUCGCCGGAGCAGCAGAAGCAUAAAAAAAAUUGGAUGGAUCUGUGCGUCGAUUCUAAUCUCCCUGAUCUCUGGGUUUUGAUUUCCUUCCUGUGCGUGGGGGGCAAAUUUUGAGCUCUUACCUUAGAGGAGGUCGCUGAUUCUGUGAAUUACCACUUGGUUGCAAUUAGUAGUAUCAGUAUUACCAUGGUUAUACAUUCAUCGAUCGCCAUGAGUAAAUUGCUUAGGAGCUAAGGGAAGUGGGUGUGAAAAGGUGCGAGGAAGCGAGCAGAAUCCCGUCGCUUUUGCUGCUC